AUGGAAAACACUAACAAUUCUAAUUCCGACAGCAGACCAAAAGACUCUGACAGUAAAGCGAAACCGGAAGCAACGACGGCAGCGAUGCGAUUUCGCAGUGUUCGUCAGGCUAUUGUGGCUCGUCUUCAUGAACUGGAGGCAGAAAAUAAGCGGCUUACCAGGGAGAAGACUAGCUUGGAGCAUCAACUGCUGCAUGUGUUAGAACGGUUAGGCACUGGAGAGUACUCGGGUGGAGAGGGAAGAGUCAGCGCAAUGGAUCGUGAAGAGGUGCGCAUGCUAAUUUCAACGACAAUCGACAAGCUAGAUGCCAAAAUUACAAAGCCAGAUUGGAUUGGCACCACAGGUGUUGCGCCACUGGCUGAACCGGACUACUCUGGAUUGCGCGGAAGUCUUGCUGAAUCUGCCAUUCCAAGCGCGUUCGAGUACUCCAGUCUGUCAGAUGCGUACGAAGAAAUCUGCCUCCAGAAAGAUCUUGUACGGAAAAUGAUUACUUCAGAAUCCAGUAGUCCAUCGUGUGACCUGCAAACCAAGCCAGACCGAGACCACAUUAGUGGACCAUUGCCAAGCUCAUCUAAAACCAGUCCGCAGGCCCCCUUUGCCAUGACACAAACUAUUCCGACGAUGAAGAGCAGUGGGGAUUUGGCUACUUUUUCGACCUCGUCUAGAGUAGUGGAUCAGUACGUUUUCAAUAUUGACGAUAAGUCUAAAGAAGAAUCGCAGUCGUGUGUGGGCGCGAAACAGAGAGUUAAGGGAGAAGUCGAUUUUGCAUCGCCUAUUUCUAUCCGUCCCAGUGCUUUUCACCGCAUUGACGCAAAGAUCAAAGUUCCACAGUGGCUGACACAAAUGCAUGAGGGUUCCAACUUAGACGUACUGAAUGCAGCGCUAAGAAAGGAUGGUUAUGACAGUGAAUCGACCCAAACGAGUUUGGGUUCAUGCUCAAUAUUUUCGCCCUCUUCCUCGUCUAGUUCAGGAUCCCCAACGCGCAGUCCUGUACCUACAAAGCCCUCGCUUGGAGCUAAUAAACAGAAUUUUUCCUCCAUGCCUUCGUCGCCCGUCGGUCCAACCUCACGAGCUGGAAGAUACCGAGAGUUGUCUGUUGGCGAGGCUGCGAGGUGUUUAGAUGAUAGGAAAAAGCAGGAACCACCCCUUCAGCGACGCCGAACUUCAUCCUCGUUUCAUGCCUUAAGGGCAGAAUAUACAAAACCUAAAAGCAGAGAAGAGCUAAUCAUGAUAAUGCGGCGAAUGUAUGGUCUUCCGACAGAUAGAAAAGUUGGUGAGCCAUCGGAUGACGUGACACAACGCGAGUGUACCGUUCCAGUUGGUGGCCCACCAAAAGUUAAAAUUUCCAGACGGCAAAUGAAACAACCAACACAUGUAGAGGAGUACAGUGACACGACUAGUACAAACAGUCAGAAUGUUCAGCCUGAAUUCAGAGGACUACCUAUUCACCGGUAUGCAACUUCACAACGCGGUAUGGAUUUCGACAGAUCAACGCUGUUCAGUAGGCAGCAAGUAAAACCGGUUCCCCAUGGAAUCCAAUCGGCUGAAACUACUCGGCGACAAGAAUUCCGUAAAAUUUCACCAAAGCACUACACUCCGGUCUACGACACAAGGAAAUUGCAAGUUUCCAAUGGACAGCCGGUGCGCAUCGGUUCGUCUUCCGAUUUCCUACGAAGUCCAAUGCAGUUUGGCCAGUUCUUUCCUACAGACAGGCAAGUUUUAUUCGAAUCAAGAGAUUUCCCGAUCCUCACCUGCCUCAUGCGACCAAUUGUUGGUCUGGAUGCAUUUACUCGCACUCAGGGCCAGCUAUCACUUUUUCAACGAAUUCAACCUCCGUUCCCAUCCCCCACACCUAUUCUAAAUUCCUUCGGGGUGGCAAAUCACUCGCACGAGUCCAGUGAUUUGACGUCUGAACUGAGCACACAAGCCCAACCUGUACGACCGUCCCACAAGAAAUUCACGAAAAUCGAGAAACUGGAAAUUUCCGAUGGCUCAGCAACAAAAUCCGCAGCGGAAAUAGCAGUAGCAACGACAAGGUUAGGUGAAUCUUCGCUGAUCGAAGCGGCCCAAGCACCUGAAAGUCAGGUAAUUUGCUCAAACGGUGAUGUAAGCAGUUUUGAGGCGGUUUUAUUCCGAUUAAGUAAUCGCGUAAAAAUAUGGCGCCGCUAUCGAGCCGAGUUAACAUCUUCCAGCCUCUUGUUGCACGCCUCUGAACCACCUCAUCUGCAACCUCCAAAGCGAUGUAUUCCCCUUGGGGAAAUUAAAAUCGUGCGGAAACCACACAAUCUGUCCACUUCGUUCACUACCAUUCUCACAGCUCCGACGAAAAUAGAGUAUGAUGGUACUUCAAAAUACUGCCUGGGAAGUGUUCCGGUGACUCGCAAGUUCUCAGCUGGACCAAAUGAUUCCACCAGUAGGACAAAUUAUGGACAUUUCGAGCUUCUUUUGAAUAGUGGAAAGUCACAUCGUUUACGAGGCACAAACCCAGAAGAAACUGACAUUUGGUUGAGACACAUAAAACGACGAAUACGAGCCCAUCGGGCGAAGGAAAUUGUACAGCAGUGUAGCGCACAACUGGUGAUGCAAGGCUGGGUGCGGCGCGUGAAGGGAGGUGAAAUGACUUGGGUUUGGUGUAGGUUAAUGGGACAGUAUUUGGUAUACUCUCCUGGGCCGGAAUCCAGUAUACCGACCGGCUUUAAAUCACUUGAUGGUACCCAGGUUCGUACAAUGCAUUCUUGUUCUCCAAGAGUUACCUUGCCGCAAACAAUAACCGCUCAAUGUUCCAUAGCCAAUUCAACUGGUAUGCAAGUGCAACUUACAACCAGUUCAGACUCGGAUACGUUGGCGAAUGGGGAUUCUGAGAUGCAACGACGAACGAUCGCUUUGUGGACUGAUCGGACCGAUCCAGUUUACCUGAUCUGCCGGACCGACGAAGAAUAUGAACAAUGGAAGGAUCAUCUGCACAGGGCUUGUAAAAAACCACUGGACAUUACCGCUGACGUCAGAAUAAACCCUGAUCUGGUGGGUAUCAGACUACGAGAACAGUGGCGCUUUUUGGUGAAAGUGGACCACGCCACAGAUCCCUACCACACAGACAGGCUGAUCAAAGUUCCGAUUUCAAAGACAACCGAAACCAACCAAGCUGAGUUAUGUACGCAAAUGAUAAUGUGUUUGUUAGCUUUAUCUUAUCCCCAAAUGGUAUUUGGAAACUAUUCGGAGUCGGAUUCCAGGUUACCCUCUGCGAACAUUCUCGGAACUUCACAAUGGCUGGAAAUCAAAUAUACAAUUGUCAAGUUUUUGAGUAAUUUGGGCUUAACGACCCCAGAAUUAAAGGACGAAUUAUUUCUGCAGGUGAUCAAACAGGCAACGCUCUCUGAGACUCAAGAAAAAAGAUUGCUAAGACGGCAGUUUCCGCAGCGUUCCAGGAGGACAAUACGAACGCUCCCCUGGUUUUGUGUUGGGCAACGUAGUCCAAGAGGAAGAACGACGAGCAGUGGCAGUGUUACACUGGUGGGUGGACACCAACCUGGAAACGAUUUACAGGACUCUCCUCACAAUGUGUUGGUCGCAAGUCGAGAAGUGCCCGUGAGCGAAUUCAUAAACCGCCUGAGUCAGGAAGCAAGUUUGGCAUUUCCGGUUCCAGCCAAUCUGAGUUCAAGCCGACCCGAAGGAUGGUGGCCUGUUGUUGCAGUUUGGGAAUUCCUGUGCCUCAUUCUACCCGUAUUUCUUCCAUCGACGCCUGUGCUCUAUUGCCUGGAAUUACUUAUCACUAUUUAUUGUCAGAAAGGUUCACUGACACGGACUGGACAUCCGGAUGAAGGGAUUUACGCCGAACUAUCCAGGUACGCAGCCUUUUGCAAGGAGGCACUAAAACAGACAAUAAUACAUGGUGGACGGUAUGAAGUUCCUUCGGCACUGGAGGUGGCAUCGAUUUCUAUUCGAAAUCCUUACACGCACACUUACCCAUUCAGUCUACCGAUACAUGUGCCAAACGGGAAUGUUUACGAGGUUGUUAGUUUCAACGGUGGCUCUGAAUUCCGCAUUGUCAUCGAACAAAUGACCUUGAAACUUACAUUACCUUCAUCGAAACAACAAUCGGCCUGUGUGUUUGGGAUAUAUUUACGCCUUACUGGAGUGGGUAAACCUACACGUUACAUCUAUUUGCGACCAGAGUGGAAAAUGUGUGAUGUCUUAUCCUUAUACGAAAGAGCCAUAAUUAGUAACCGGGAGGAGCGUAACGUGAAAGUUCCACUGGAAGAUGCAACAGCGGAAUUCGUAUUUCGUAUUCAAGCGUUUUCGUGGAAGAAACUUAAGAAAUUGGAGGUUGCAGAUGUGAAGCCUGUGAUAAGUUUGCUUACGCAUCAAUUGCAUGAAGAUUUUCUUCUUGGAUCCUACCCUGUCAUACCAAAUGGAGCUGAGAUGCUAGACAUGGCAGCAUUGCUCUGUCGAGCCAAUCAUUUCGACUACACGGAACUACAAAAUCGUCGCGAAGCAAACCUCAGUCAAAUUAUUCGCAGCUAUUUUCCUAUUAAAUGGGUUGAGGAAAUUGCAAAGGAUGGUCGAUCAAUAAUCCAACUAAAGCUAAUCCUUUUGGAUCGAUGGUCUUCAAUCAGUAGAACAUUUGGAGAUUUUGAAAAAGCUUAUGUAAACGAGAUGCGCAUUUCCAAAGGUAACGAUCAGGACAAGUCAAAUAAGACAAAAGAAGAAACGCUCUUCUGUAUUGCGAAAAUUCGGGCGUGUUUCGCUUAUCUUCGUCUGUUGCGCCGUCUCCUACCCGAACGCUUUGCUACCACCAUUUUUCCGGCAAAUGCAUCCAACCUUCCUGGUCGUGUGGAAACGGAUUUAGUUUGGUUGGUUCCACAAGAGAGUCAGCUGAAUGUUCUAACUGUCUGCCCUGCUGCACAACCCUUCAACAUGUAUCCAAGAAUGUUUUGCACGAAUUCUAUAAGCUACAACUCCGUCUUGUCUUUUGGUGGGCAGAGAGAUGGCGCAUUUUACCUGGUUUAUUCCGAGCAGACGAGCACAAAAAAUUGGCGGAAAUCAAGCAAGGGACAAGAAUUUUUAUAUGCCACUGGACGGAUGGAACAUCUACCAGGAGCAGCCAGUGACAGCGUGGCUUCUCGGACAAGAUGCAGAAAUUUCCAACCCUCGGCAGUGUCGGCAGCAGUGAAUCAUUCAAAGCAAGGAAACAUACGAAAAGUAAGAUUCUAUUUAACAGAUUUGAACUCAGUUAUGGAGCUUUCAGAUACGCUGGCAUAUUUUAUCAACCUGGUUUCCUAA